CCCCGCGCGCAGCCGCGCGCCGGGGGGGGGGCCGUCGCAGCUGCCCUUGCCGCGGGGCGCCGCGCGCGGGGCAUGGAGCGGCGCGUGGCGGAGCGGCUGCGCGGCGCCCUGGGCCCCUCCGGCUUCGAGGCGCACGCCUUCAAGGUUGGAUGGUACAAUGCUGUUCUCCAGCCAGCCUUUCAUCUCCCCUACCCAGAUGACACACUGGCCUUUGUGGUCCUCAGCACCCCUUCAAUGUUUGACAAAGCCCUUAAACCUUUUGUGAACAAAGAACGGUUAAAAAUAAUCAGGGAUCCUGUGGAUCAGUGUGUUUCUCAUCAUUUAUCACGUGUGAAGGAGAAAUUCCCUGACCAGAAGGUGGACGUCAUAUUUGAUUAUGAGAUUCUGCCAAGCCGAAAGCCCAAGUUCUUGGCGCAGACAGCUGCCCAUGUUGCUGGGGCCGCAUUUUACUACCAAAGGAAGGAUGUGAAACUUGAUCCUUGGGGAAAAAAGAAGAUCUAUGGCGUAUGUAUCCAUCCCAAGUAUGGUGGUUGGUUUGCUAUCCGGGGUCUUCUCCUGUUCCCAGAUAUUCAGGUACCAUUCCUGGAACAAUCUGACCCUGUUGACUGUGUGAGCACAGAGGAGAAAAGAAUUGAGUUGCUGGAGCAAUUCAAUUUCCACUGGCAGGACGGCCGCUACAGGGACAUAAUUGAAGUGAAGGAAAGGUAUUCGGAGGAGCAAAAAGCCUACUUUGCCACUCCUCCAGCAGAGAGGUUGAGACUGCUGGGGCUGACACAAGAAGCCCAGAGAAGCACAUUUCACUGAGUGACCUGGCUCCGUGAAGGGGUGGAGGGUAAGCAAAGUGUAACUCAUCAGCACCUUUUCCACAGUGCUGAGGAGGAUGGUGUGCUGAUAACAGAUGGCAAAUCCAAGCAGCGUGAUGCAGUGGCGCAAUCCAAACGUCAGCUUCUCAGAGUUAAGAGGGGAGUGCUGCAUCAAAGCAUUGGUGGUCUGGAGGAAGGUGGGAGCAGCCUGUUCUGUACUGUUGCUGAUUUGGUGCGUCUUCUUGGGAGUCUGAUAAGACACCAGUUGGUCUUUGGUUCGGAAAAGUUCAGACACUGGAAACUGGAAGACACGUGCUGCUCAUUAGAGAAGUCAUUUGUGUUCUCAAUAAUUUUCUUUCCAAAUGUUUCGGUAUUAUUCUAUGUGAGAGUAAAAACCAUUGAUUUUCAGUCAUUGUGCUCCAAAAUGAUUUUUUUUUUCAUCUGAACUUGGGGCAGAUGCUUUUUUACAUUUUAUUACCCUGUGUCAUAACUCUCCCUAGGGCAUAAGUGUUCUGUCUUUUCAGUGUUGCCUUCCUCAAAGAAAAUUUGCCCUGUAUUCCUUCACUUGCAGUGAAGCUUUAUUUAAUUAAGAAAUCUUUCAAUGUGUCCUUUCCUUAAUAUCCAAAAGAAAAUUCUCCAGAUAUUGUUUCAUUGAGUAGUGUGAUCCUGUACAUGAAUCAGGAGUGAGGAAAUUUGAGCCAACAGCAGCCCCCUCCUCCAGGGUAGUUAAGAAAGGGAAAGGGACAGGACAAAGGUCACAGCCCAAGUCUGCUGUUUCCCCUUCACCCAGGGCCAGCUUCUCAGAACAAGGUGACGUCUUUACAUCAGUUUUAAGCAUAUAGAGCAGCCGACUAAAAUCUUUGGGAAGAUGCUGCAUAAUGUCUAUGUGAGUGGAGUGUUAAGGUAACUGACUGAAAAAGACAAUUCUCAUUGACCUUUUUCUAAGGUAGAUGAGGUUUGUAUUUAAAAUAUUUUUCAGUGCUGUGCCAGCACACACCGACACACCACAGUUUUACUACCAUAGUUUCCUGUUGUACCAUCUGUAUGGGGGAGAUCAUAAACCUGCUCACACGUAAAAACCACUGCAUGAAACAUUGUCACACGCACAGGCAAACAAGCAGAGGCAGGGGGCGGAAAGAGAAAACAUUCAUUAUGUUCAUGUUACUUACAUUGCUGGAUAAAACAACUUCAGACAUAAAUAUAGCAAUUUUUUAGAUGACACUGUCCUGUUAGAUUUGUGCAGAGGUUACAAUGGCACUGGGAAUCGGGAAUUAAUUUAUCUUCCAGCACUUGGAGGCUCAGGCCUCAAUAAAAUAAUACAAUAAAAAUAAUAUUUUGUGGGAGUUUUGUUACUUGACUGCAGUGCAGUGCUGCAAAUCACUAAGCACUUUUUCCCCUUCCAUGAUAUCAACACGAUGAUGCAAAAAUACUCACAUUGCAGAACUGAGCCAUUCCUUUUUAUUUUAUGUUGUGAUAAUUCUUGAUACCUUUUGGAGACUCAAAAACCAAGGUUGCCCUCAUGAUACGUCACUGCAGUUUUUCAUAAUCUAUGUACUAACUAAGCACAAUCAAAAUUCAGCAUAACAAGUUUGUAAUGUAAACAGAGUAGUAUGCAUGUGAUCACUGGGUUUGUUCAGUGUAUUUGCUGUUACAAAAAAGUCUUUGUUGCUUUCCAUGCUUUGUUCACCACAUCUGGCUAAGGCACGACACCUGACUUACUGUGUGAUAGUGGUAUUGUGAUUUUUAAUUUAAGCAAAAUAAUGAAAUUGGUUUAAAUUCUCUUCUUUUGUUAUAAAAGUACUUCUGGUUGAAAUAUUGGUUGACCUUCCAGAACUUUCCAAUUGACCUGUAAUUUAACAGGGACUUGAGUUAGUGGCUUGUAUUAGUAACAUAUAUAAAAUAUUGUUUCUCUUAGAAGGAUAAAUACAGAAUGGAAUUGGAUUUAUCUUUUUACACUACAACUUAAAGUAAAACAUUUUGCAGUUGAUUUCUUACAAAUAUUUAAUAUCUUGUCUUAGUUAAUUUAUUAAACUGAUUACCAUAGCCAUUUCAUUUCAAUUUUUGUAAUCUAUUUCUCUCUACAUGAUAUUUUGGUUAAUAAAAUACACAAAGUUAUAAGUAA